CAAAAAAGGAAGAAGGAAAAUUUGUUCAGCUCACGCCAUUGCAUUCGCCGUGUUGAGGAUGAAAACUUUCGGAAACUUUUCGCUUUCAUGUGAACCUGCUAUUGGUGUAAAGAACUGCCGCUGACAGGAAUUACAUCUGGACGGGAAAUAUUCGCCUCUUGUUUAUGUACAUGUGAGAGGAUUUACCUGAAUAACUCACUCUUUCAUCGAGUUAAAGGAAACUACGGGGAUUUUACAUGCUAGUCAUAUUUUAAACACUUCUCAGAUAGCCUACACCAGACAACCAUGUCGGGGGGUAUCGGUAUCUAUGCGGCCAAGAAACGGAAGAAGCCCGUUCAGAAAAUACCCAAACCACCACCACCCGAUGGUAUCAAAUCCAACCCCUCCAAAAGGCACAGAGACCGGCUGAACGGCGAAUUGGACAAGCUGACCAACCUUCUACCCUUCUCAGAAGACAUCCGUGCACGGCUGGACAAACUGUCAGUGCUUCGACUCAGUGUUGGAUACCUGAAAGUUAAGAGCUUCUUCAAUGCCACAGGCAAAAAGACAGGAGGAAAUGGAUGGCCGAGUGACCGGAUAGGGGCAUGUGGAGGAAAUGGACAGACAGCCACCAGUCUGGAUGGAGUCAGUUUCUCAGAGGGGGACCUGUUGUUGCAGGCCCUCAACGGCUUUGUUCUGGUUGUCACCGCGGAAGGUUACGUGUUUUACGCAUCACAGACUAUACAGGACUACCUGGGCUUCCAUCAGUCGGAUGUGGUCCACCAGAGUGUAUUUGAGCUCAUCCAUACAGAUGAUCGGGCAAUGUUCCGCAGACAACUGCACUUCGCUCUCAAUCCCACCUCGUGCGAUGGUAGCGAAGGAUCCGAUGCAAUGCAGAGCAGCAGUGACAUCACCAGAGACAUGGUAAACUACAACCCUCAACAGAUCCCUCCAGAAAACUCAUCUUUCCUGGAACGAAGCUUCUGCUGCCGAUUCCGGUGCCUCCUUGACAACUCGUCAGGCUUCUUGGCCCUGAACUUCCAGGGGAGGCUGAAAUAUCUCUAUGGGCAAAACCAAUUGGUGGAAGAUGGGACCUUGUCCCACCCUCAACUGGCCCUUUUUGCCAUAGCCACACCCCUCCAGCCACCCUCAAUCUUGGAAAUCAGAAGCAAGACUCUUCUUUUCCAAACCAAACACAAGCUGGACUUCACCCCCAUUGGUAUCGACACAAGAGGGAAGGUGGUUCUUGGCUACACUGAGAUUGAGCUGUGUAUGAGAGGCUCCGGUUAUCAGUUCAUUCACGCUGCUGACAUGAUGUACUGUGCUGACAACCAUGUCAGAAUGAUAAAGACAGGAGAAAGUGGUUUAACCGCCUUCAGACUUCUCUCAAAAUGGGGUACAUGGAUCUGGGUGCAGUCCAAUGCGAGGCUUAUUUAUAAAGGUGGAAGGCCAGACUUUAUAAUUGUUCGACAGAGAGCACUAACUAAUGAGGAGGGUGAGGAACACCUCAGUCAAAGGAAGUUGCAGCUACCCUUUAACUGCACCACUGGUGAGGGUGUCUUGUAUGAGACUGGCCCCACACUGGACAUCAUCAAUGGGAUUCAAAAUAAGAGCCCACCCCAGAAGAUAAACAAACCUCCGUCUCUGGACCCAGAUUCUAUUCUUGGCUCCAUGCUGAACCAAGAUCUUUCUGUCUACAACCAGAACAAUGAUCCCAAUUCACAGUUUAUGCUUGACAAGGCUUUCAGGGAUAGCCACGCCCUGCUCAAUGUCCCUGGGAACACCUGGCAGCCGUCAGCCACAAACACUGUAGCUGACAUAAAGGAGGAAGGUGUGGUAAAGGACAUGAUGGAAACCUUGCAACAUAUUAUCGGGGACACCACUUUUUGCGACAACCUUCAGGAUUUUGAUGUGGACAAAUUGGAGCUGAAGGAGUGGGAGAACACUCUUCUCAGAAUGAACUACAACAAUGAUAUGGAUCUUAACAAAAUCCUCACCAACGACAUCCUCUCCUAUGUCGAGGAUGCACUUUUCAAGGAAAGUGGUGUUCAAUUGCCUGGACAGCAGGACCAGGGGCUAUUUGUUGAGGUGCCGGAAUUACAGAAUAACGCAGCUGCUAACCAGGCAUUCAACUGCCAGGCAGGGAUGCUUGGUGGAUCCCAAGGUCCGGAUGGGUUCAUCGGAAUGAACAUCCAGGAUGGAGUGGAUGCCAGUAGCCCUGGAAGAGGGAUGGCCAAGCUCACCCAUAUGGGACCACAGAUUCUACCUGGUGACACUUUCGUCCAAUCAUUUGGACUAGACCAGGCAACCCAAAAUAUGCCCAGCAAUAAUAGCAUCAUGUUUAAUCCUUCUCUUGCCAUGCAGCGUAGUCAGCAGUCGAGCCAAGUCAGGCUUGGUCUGCAAGGUGCUGUGCAAGAGAAUGGAAUGGUGCCAUGUGGCGAGAGAAACCUACAGACUGGAAACCCGCCCCAUCCCAACGCAAUGACUCUCCCUCUUCAAAGCCCACUAUUGCAGGGCACUUCCACCCUGCCGAUAGGCUUCCAGAAUUCACUUCCCCAACAACCGUCAAUCAGUCAGAACCCUCAGUGGGUGUCCGACAGCAACAAUAUGGUGGAUAACCUGCUGAACUCUUGCGGCCGUAACGUGUCAGGUUCACAAGAUGCAGGACUGCACUCUGGCCCAACUACCCACUUACAAGGACAGUUUUCUCUUCACACUCAAAAUCCUGCCAAUCCGGGACUGCCUGCCUGGCAGAAAUCCCAGCCUACCCCUCCGCAGGUCCAUAAAUCGUUUUCCAGCGAGCAUCAGAAUAUAAUGGGCUUCAUCGGCCAAGUGAAAGAUGUCCAAAAAGACAUGCUUGGACAACUGUUGUCGCACACAAACCCACAAGGAUUUGGGUCUGGCCUCCUGCCCCAGACAACUGCAAAUGGCAUCUAUCCUCAGCAGACCUCCAACAGCUGCAUGUUCACAAGCACGCCUCAGCCCUCGGUGAAUGGGAUGCAGUAUGGUUCUGCCGAUCCAGUAUCUUCAAUGUCAUCCUGCCAGAGGGCUAAAAGUUUGAUAAACCAGAGUCCAACACAAGCAUCCUGUUAUUACCAGAGAGGUCCUAGCGAGGACACACCGGUCAUCCCACAGGAGGACACCAACAUCAGCCCCAUGGCCUGUCAAGUCCCACCUGGAUUAAUUCCAGAUAACAUACUUGCUCAGCAGUAUCUCUCCUGCAAUGGCCAGACACAGAUUCCAAACCGUCCACUUGACGAGAAAGGAUCAUACCUCUUUCUCUCAAUGGCCAACGGAACCAACUACUUUUCCGAGAACAACCAAAGCAAUUGCUGUGACUAUUAGUGGUAGAUCCCACCCAAUGCAGUGACUGACACAUCAACAGUGCAGCGCCUGUUUCUAGGGAAAAAAUGCACACAUAAAUACAGCGACUUGUUUGUCCCUUCGAGAGAGAUGCAUCCGCUUCUGAUGACACUCUGGGCUUAAAACCUACGAGACGUUACAGAACUUUAAAAGCAAUCUUCACCACACAUUUUUUCACACUUAUCUACUUAUUCACUUAUUCACACCCUCUCUGAUUAGAAAUAAGGAGUAAAAGAAAGUUCAUAUUUAUUUUUUAAAGCAUGUCCUUUCAUCCCUGAUUGGAUUUCUUUUUUUUCCCGCCAUUCUGGAGUGGGAUAAUGGCAAGGAGAGGUGUGUGAGCAAGUGUGUGUUUGUGUAUGUGUGUGCGCGAGGAAGCCUAGAGUUCAUUUGUGAAGUAUGCAGAAGGAAUGGAGCACCGUUUUAAUUACGGGGACAAGAUUCUGAGGUAAAGAAAAAACACCACCGAAAUCAAUAGUCCCGGAAAAUAUGUCCCCAUUUCUGCUACACAACACUUUUUCCAUUCAAGGAGUGAAAUUGAAACAGUACAAGAUACCCUCUUUAAUACCGUCUGCUCUUGCCACCCUUUUAUGCUUGCCUUAACCAUAUGUUUCAUGUGUAUUACAACAAUAUCUGAAUGUUAUUGCUUAUCAUUUAUGUGUUGUUUUUUUGUUUAAUAGUCGUCUUUUGUACUUUUGUAUGCAUAUAAUCGAAAUUAUGGAAAUACCAUUGAGCCAUUUUUCCCGCUUUUUUUUGCAGUAAUUUUGUAAUUUGCUGAUUACACUCUUGCUUACUAUUCACUUAUAUAGAAGAAUAAUAGUAAUUCUUCAAUCAUGUUGCGUGCCAUGAAUCACAGCAGCCAGCGUAUCCUGCCUCCAGAGGAAAGGUAAAAUAUAGUGUGAGAAAAGGAGAGUUUUGAGAAGAUGUCACAAUCUGGUCAUCAAGAAUGAUCCCAAACAUAGUCGGAAAAAGAUUUGACUAACUUUUACGGCCACAGUGAAAUUUGAUUGACUCGUCUAUAGUGUCGUUCUUUAGUCAUCUGUAGUGUCGUUCUUGGUCAAUCAGGAAAUGCAGCAGCAGGCAAAAAGUUUAGAACAAGCACAGUGUAGAGAAUUUGUUCAAAACCCAUUUCUAUGAAUCGCUCGUAAAACUAUUCCUGCGUGAAUUGUACGCAUAGAAUUAAAUGCAAUACACAACCAAAAUGUGUAACUGUAAUGUUUUGUGAAUUAGCCCCAAAGUUUGUAGACCACUUUGAGCCCUUUUUUUGAAGAAUUUAAAGCCAUUUGAUUCAGCAUUUUGAAUGUGUAAAUAUACCAAAACAUAUUUGUAUGAGAUAUCUCGUGACUUCGAGAAUUAUGACUGAUUGGUUUUAUUGGCUUUUAAAAAAAGGGUCGCUACCUACCUUUUGAAAAGGCUUUUUACAUUAAUUUUCUCAUAGAAACUUUUUGUCGACAGCUGUUGCUUCUGAGAUUUGUUCUUUUACCCUGCAGUAAGAACAGAAUAUAUAUAUAUAACCACAAACUCAUGCACCCGAAGCCUUUUCCUUUCAUCAUCUGAAAUGAGAACACAGUGUGCCUUAAUUUCUUUCUCCCUAAAGAAUAUUUCACUUAUUCCCUCCUGUUUUCCCUCUCUUUGGAUGAAAUGAUCGUGGCUUGCGGAGGAGGAAAGGAAUUGAAAUGGCAGCUAUAAUUGAAUCUGAGAAGCAACGUUUUUUAACAACUGGUUGUUGUUAGCAUGGACGGAAUCGACUAUGCUAGUUUGCUGAGUGUUGUACAUAGCCUCGCAGUUUAAGAGUUACAGGACACGCAUUUUGCCCGUUUGUCGUCUUAAGUGCCUUAAAACAGCUUUUGUUUUCUGAGAUUAGUGACUUGGUUUCGUUUGUAGGCCUAUUGAAAGCUAAAGUAGCUGGUUUUGAUGAAAUGUUAGGGCGUUCUGUGUUUUAUUGCUAGAUGUCUGAUGGUUAAAGGUGGAGUAGGUAGAAAUUUUCUAAAAAAAAACGUUCACAAAUUUGUUUACACUGUCUAUAUAUACCAAUGCAUAAUUAAAAUGUAAGUACUCUCUGAAAAAAAAGUAUACAAAUCGAGUGUCGUAGUCCUCUGAGUGCUGCAAUAAACACAGCUCAUUAUUUCAUUCUCUCCCACCCCUCCCGUCUGGGAUCCUUACAAAGCCACACCCCCAAAUCACAUGAACACGCACUGCCGAACCGCGCUCAGCUGUAGGACGCGUUUACCAGCUCCUCGAGCAAACGUUCGCGCACGUGGGCUGCUCUUAAGGCCAAUUUAUACUUCUGCGUAGGGUGCGCGCAGUAGGUGCGGCGUACCAUACGCACAGACGCAUAACAUACCGCGUACCCUUCGCUGUAGCCUGACG